UCCUGUCCUUGGAAGUGUUGGAAGCCUCGCUGGUUUGGAUAUACACAUGGCUAAACUGAGUAAGGAGACCAAGCAGCGGCUGCAGCAGCUGUUCCAGUGCGGCCAGUUUGUUAUCCGAUGGGGUUUUAUUCCAACUGUGCUGUACCUCGGUUUCAAACGAGGAGCAGAUCCCGGCAUGCCUGAACCGACUGUCCUGAGCUUGCUAUGGGGUUGAGGACCAUCUUCACGCAGCCACUCUCCUCCUUCAGGAUCAUCUGACAUGUCUUAGGAAAAAACAGACAAUUUCUCACUUUUCUGUCUAACUCAUUCAGCCCGGUGUCUGAUAUAUAAAGAACUGAUGGUAUAUAAUGUAACAAACACAGAGAGCGAGGGUGCUCAGGGCAUCUGUGUCCCUGAAACAUGUUUUAUUUUUUUUCAUGGAUUUUUGAUGUUCGGUUUAGAUAUAUGGUCCGGUUCAUGUUUGUCUUAUGAUUUCUAAUUUAAAAUUCCUGACAAUAAAAGCAGAAGAAGAAUGAUA